AUGUCCUUCUCUACCCAGGUCGCAGCUCGCUGCGCCAGACAGCUCUCCGGCUCCGUCCGCCCAUCCUCCCUGCGCAUCGCGACCUCCGCUUCAUACCUCACAGCCCGUCGCACACCCAGCACCCAACGAUGGGAAUCUACCGAGGCUGCCCCUGCUGCGCCCUCAAACCCCAAGAUCACCCAGAUUGUCGACCAGAUCAGCACAUUGACCCUGCUUGAGACUGCCGACCUGGUCUCUAGCCUGAAGGUGGGUUCAUCAACCUAUCAAUUGGGUGGCAUUCUCAAACCAGGACCAUGUUGCAUACACAUCUUGAUCCUCACCCGCCUGAACAUCCCCGAUCUCCCCGUUGGUGGCUUCGCCAUGGCCGCUGGCCCCGGUGGUGCCGCCGCUGCCCCCGCCGAGGAAGAGGAGGCUGCUCCUGCUGCCGCCGAGAAGACCCUGUUCAACAUCAAGCUCGAGUCAUUCGAGGCCACCUCCAAGCCCAAGGUCAUCAAGGAGAUCAAGACCAUGCUCGGUCUGUCAUUGGUCGACAGUAAGAAGUUCGUUGAAGCUGCACCCAAGACCCUGAAGGAGUCUGUGCCCAAGGAGGAGGCGGAGAAGAUCAUCGAGACCCUCAAGGCUCUCGGCGCCAAGGCGAUCAUGGAGUAA